CUGGUCCAGGCCCCAGCAUCCUGCUUAGUUGUUACCUGUCGUUGCACAAUGCUGGGAGGUUUCGGGAAACUCGCUGCUGAUGGCCUGGCCUACCGCACUGAGAAGGCCACUGAGGAAGCUGUUCAUGCCGUGGAGGGAGUGGUGAAGGAGGUGGUGGAACAUGCCAAGGAGGCUGGAGAGAAAGCCAUUUCCGAAGCCUUCAAGAAGGCCCAGGAGAAAGGAGACAAAGUGGCAAAGGAAGUCACUGAGACAGUGACCAACACAGUCACAAAUGCUGUCACUCACGCAGCGGAAGGCCUGGGUAAACUGGGACAUUGA